AUGAUUGUAGCUGCCGAUAAACACGAACUUAAUUUAAUAUUAUAUGAUGAUUUAUUUGAAGACAGAUUUUCUAAAUUAAAAUCUUUCACAUUAUCAAACAUAAAUGCUACAACUAUAUAUUUCAUAAUAUUUGAUGAAUCAAUAAAACUGUAUCAACGAUUAGAACGAUUAGCUUUACUAGAACGUAUCAGUGACGAAAGCUACUGGGAAAUUGAAAGGUUAUGCAACAAUUUAAUAUCGCCAAAAAUGAAAUCAUUAAAAUAUUUGCAUUUAAAUUUCAAAUGGCAACUAUGUACAUGUGGACAUUGUUCGUACGAACAUGAUACGUACGUUUAUUUGUAUUUUUAUGAAUUAAAAGAAAGAAAAAUAUCAAGUCAUUUAGAAACACUUAUUAUUGGAAAUAUCUCUAAUGAGUAUUAUACUACAACAACAACAACAAUAUGCUUUCAUGCCUUGAUAGAAGAUUUACUACCAUGGCUACCAGAAUUAAAAACAUUAAUUGUUAAUUCAAUUAAUUUUGAAGAAUACGAUUAUCGCCAAAAGUCCAAAGAACCAUCAACUACAACAACAAAUUCAAUUUUACCAUUAAAUUUAAAAAUUUAUCUUAAUGUAAUGUCAUUUGAUAAAUGCGCUCAUUUAGUAUAUUUAAUUAUUCAUCCAAACAGUCCACUUCCACUUAAAUCAUUAAUACUAAAUAAUCAAUAUGGAUUUUAUUUAUGCGAGCAUUAUCUUUUCUUUAUGUUUACGAAUGAUCGUCGAUCUAUAUUAAGUAAUUUGACUUUAAUCAAUUGUUCUUCACCUGAAAUUUUUACUAUUCGUGAUGAUUUUGCGAAGUCUAUGAAACUUGAAUAUAAAGAUAAUAAAGCAAAAACUAUUUGUUCAAUGAAUUUUAUUUCACAAGAAAAUAUUCAUUGUUUGCUGGUUGAACGUCGUUUAAUAGAUGAAAAUGAAAUAAAAAUACUGGCUAAGCAAUUUCCUCGUGUCAGAUAUUUAGAAUUAUUAUUUCCAUUGGAACUAUUAUCAUAUAUUCCUUGUUUUCAAACACUUUUUUCUAUUACUGAGAAAAUUGAACAACGUUGUUUUUGGUCGGAAUUGAUUGAAUUUCGAACAAAAAUUGGUUAUGAGCAAACAUCUUCGAUUUGGUGUCAACAUAAACUACGCUAUUGGCUUAUUUCAAAUACGGAUCUUAAACAUUGGCCAAAUCAGUUUUUUACCUCUUACUCAGAUUCAAUGUGCUCUGUUUGA